AUGUCUAACAAAAAACGGACAAUCGACUCGGAAUAUCGUGUUUUUAAAGAUCAGUGGGAAGACGAUUACUUUUGUAUAGAAUGGCAAAAUAAAGGUAUGUGCAUAAUAUGUAAAGAAACUAUUGCAGUUUUAAAAGAAUAUAACAUAAAACGACACUAUGAAACUAAACAUAAAGACAAAUUUAAAAAUCUAGAAGGAAAAGAAAGAAAAAAAUGUGAACAAAAUGUGUCUACUGUCCGUGCUAGUUAUCGAGUUGCUCAGUUAAUAGCCAAAGAAAGUAAACCGUUUUCUGAUGGAGAAUUUGUAAAGAAGUGUAUGUCACAUGUUAUUGAUGAAAUAUGUCCCGAGAAUAAAUGCUUGUUUGAACAAGUUAGUUUGUCACGCCAAACAAUUACUAGAAGAAUAGAAGAUCUUGGACUUAAUCUUUUUGAACAAGUGCAAGACAGAGUAAAACAUUUUCAAUAUUUUUCAAUAGCAUUAGAUGAGAGUACAGAUAUGGUAGAUACGGCACAACUUCUAAUUUUUUUACGAGGGGUGAAUGCAAAUUUUGAAAUAACAGAAGAGUUGGGAGCGUUGGAGAGUUUGAGUGGUACUACAACAGGAGAAGAUAUAUUCAAAGCUUUAUUAAAUACAUUCAAAAAUCUAGGUCUUGAUUUUGAAAAUCUUGUUAGUAUUACUACUGAUGGUGCAAAAAGUAUGAUAGGCUCUAAGAGUGGAUUAAUCGGAAGAAUAAACUCAAAAAUGUCUGAACUAAAUCUAUCUCCACCAAUUGGAAUUCACUGCAUUGUUCACCAACAAGCACUAUGUGGGAAAGUUUUAGAUUUAGAAAAUGUUAUGUCUAUUGUAGUACAAAUUAUUAAUUUUAUAAGAUCACAUGGAUUGAAUCAUCGCCAAUUUCAAAAUUUUCUUUCAGAAAUAGAGUCUGAGUAUAAAGAUGUUUUAUAUCACAGUAAUUUUUAUUCAAAUUUGUCUGAAGAAGAUUCUCCAAAUGUUCGAAAGUUUGCUGCUAAGAUGUCUUGUAUAUUUGGUUCAACAUAUAUUUGUGAGCAAGUAUUUUCAACGAUGAAAAUUAACAAAAGUAAAACUCGAUCUCGCAUCACAAAUGAACAUCUACACGCCGUUCUCCGAGUAAAUUCUACCAAAUUAGAACCUAAUAUUAAUUUCCUCUGUCAACAGAAACAAGCUCACAGUUCACAUUAA